AUGUUGUCCACCGCGGUAGAAAUCAUACAAUGUGUUGAUGAGUAUAUCACCAAGACGCUUCAAUCGAAUUCGUUUACUGAGAACCUAAUUGGAACUCCUACCAGCAAAUUCAUAACCGAAUUCUUGAUUAUUACCUUUGUGAUUUUGAUGAGCUAUGAAGUAAUAUACUGGAGUGGGAUCUACUUGAGCUUGUGGGAAUAUCAUGCCAAAGACAUCUUCACAGAAGUGCCCGUCCAUUGUGCUCAUGUCUACAUUCGUUUAAACGUAGUUUCCAAGAGUAAGUUGGAAAAGACCAAAGAGUACUAUGUCUUGAAGAAAAAUAGCAAGUACAACGUGCUAUACUGGAACAAGUUGAACCAACUUGGAGGCGAAAUAUUCUCUCUUGAUAGGUUCAUCAAGUACCACUUCGAGUUCAGUCCUGAAGAUUUCGAGAUGAACAAGGAACCUGAAUUUGGCUCCACUGUAGACCAUUUGAGAGAAAAGAUUUUUACACUCUUCAAAGAUUCUGAAGUAUACAGCCAAUUUCACAACGACAAAUUGUCCAAGACAGAUGUCUUAUUAUUCAACAACCGUAACGAGGAAGUGACCCAUGCUAGUGGUGACAAAUAUUUGAGCCAGUGCCACAUUGAAACAGGUAAUGUCAUCGACAGCAUUGUGUUAUAUUAA